AAUGGCGUGAAUCUUUUGAUUAGAUUAAAAAACAGUAUUUAUCGCAUUAACAUUAGUACGCAUCCGUCAUUUCGUUGCAACCGAUAACUUCAGUACAAUUUGUAUUCUUCAGAACUGUGGACGUCAUGGCACAGGUAUGCGACUCUGAUGGCGGAAAAGCCCCAAGGAUACCUUUGAAUGAUGGCAAUUUCAUGCCAGCCAUUGGAUUGGCGACGAUUGGCUUUGACGAAGACGGACAAGAAGAAGAAGAUGUGGAGAAUCCUGUGACUUGGGCACUUAAUGCUGGAUAUAGAAUGAUAGACACAGCCUCCGGCUAUGAAAAUGAAGAAGAUGUUGGAAAAGGUAUCCUCAAAUCAAAUAUACCCAGGGAACAGAUCUUCAUUACUACUAAGCUCGGUUUGGACGAACAAAGAGAUGUUGUACAUGCUUUACGAGGUUCUCUGAAACGUCUGAACACUUCAUAUGUAGACUUGUAUCUGAUACACAAUCCCGUUGCAUUGAUGCCGAACGACACUAGCUUUGAUAUUAUAGACUAUUUAGACACUUGGAAGGGCAUGGAGGAAGCAAAACGCCUCGGACUCGCAAAGUCCAUAGGUAUUUCUAACUUCAACAUAAGUCAGAUGGAGCGUCUACUAUCGAAUUGUGAGAUACGACCAGCUGUUCUGCAGGUUGAGGUGAACCUAAAUUUGGCCCAAAAUGAAAUCCUUGAAUUUACAAAACGGGAAAAUAUCGCUUUAAUGGCGUUUAUGCCAUUUGGUUCGCUAUUUGACAAGACUGGUGUACCACCUCCACCCAGGGUUGAUGACGUUACAAUGGUGGAACUGGCCGAGAAAUAUAAGAAAACAGUACCCCAAAUUGUGCUUCGCUAUUUGGUACAACGCGGUAUUUCGCCUAUACCACACUCAUUGGGUAAAGAGAAAAACGAAGAAAAUAUCGACAUAUUCGAUUUUGAACUGUCCGAAUCGGAUAUGAUUACUUUGAGUGAAUUCAAUAAAAACUAUCGCGUUUUUUGCCCUAGUUUCUGGCAGGACCAUCCUUAUUAUCCUUUUGAAAGGAAAGAGACUACCGAUGAUUAAAAACCAACAUCUAACUGAAUUUAGAUUAAUCUAUCCAUUCAGAGACGAUCUUAAUUGGGACGGAAAAUUCCUUACUUAUAUUGUAAUUUAAUAAAAAUAAUACAUUUUCUGGAGAGAAAAUAAAAUAUAGAGAAAAAAUA